AUGCAGCAUCCUUUAGAAAACAGGAUACCAUUAUCCCCUUAUGGAUACUCACACUAUUAUCCAAACAUUCACCUUCCAUUCGAACCACAAGUUUUGGACCUCUGCACCAACACCAAGAAUAAAUUUACCUACGAUUCAUGUUCAGCAUGCCACUCAAGCCCAACUUUGUCUUCAAAUUCAACUUCCCCAGAAAUCCCACAAGUUUCAUCCACCUCUAAGCCCCUGCGACCCUUCAAAGCCAUUUCGAAAGGAAAUCUUGAACUCCGACAUUUUUUAUACAACGAUGAAUCCUUCCAAGAGUACAGAAACAGGGUGUUGUCGACUGUGAGUUCGAAAAACGAAUUGUGCAUUUCUAUGCGUAGAUCGCAGGGAGACGCGAGCAAAAUUGAAGACCCUGAGUAUGUGGCGAAGAGGAAGAAGAAUAAUGAGGCAGCUAAGAGGUCGAGGGAAGCAAGGAAGAUGAAGGAGGAUGAGAUAGCGGUGAGGUGUGCGUAUUUGGAGCAAGAAAACCUGCAGCUGAAAAUUAGGUUGGCAGCUUUGGAAAUGUACUGCUCUAUGCACGUGUGA